AUGUACAUCGAACACAAGAUUCUUGUCUUCACGACUCCAGGCUUCACGGAGAUCGAUUUUCUCGAGGCGAUUUUCAAGGGCUAUGGCACCCCUUACGACAUCGCGCGCUGGGAUGUCGACAACGUCAGCCCCCCAAAGCCAGACCUGACCACGCUGCUGUGGAAUGCCGACGGCUCUGCCAGAUACUCCUCCUAUAUCAUGUUCCCCCACCUGGAAGAGGCAAGCCUCAUGACCAAGGCGGAGAUUGACACCCUGUGGGACUUUGCGCGCCGCACCGGCGCACGCAGCCUGCACGUGAACAUCUGGCUGGGCACCAUCGGCUAUGGCUCCUACGGGACCUGCACCGCUGAUCAGGGCUCAGCGAUGUCCUUUGCAGCCGCAGCGCCCGCGGGUGUCUCGGGCAUCAACUUCGCAAGUGCCAAACUUAAUUAUGCAGGCAUCUACAGGUGUCCCGCUACCGGCCCGCCUUCCGGCCAGUGCGCACUGUACAACGUUCCCGCCAUUGACGGCACCGCGGGCAACUCAGGCAGCAUUGUGACCAACUGUUCGGUCCGGCCAAUCGUCACUCAAGACGCUGACGGCGCCGUGGUGGCUGCGCUGGCCAGUUAUGAUGACGGGCGCGAGACGAUGUCGUUUAUGCAUGGCUGUGCCGCCUGGAGCUCAACCUGCCUGCUACUGGGCCACAUGGCGCUGGCGUGGCUGACUCAGAACAUCAUCCCAGGAGAGAGGGCCGCCCUGCUGACUGUGCAGACUGAUGACAUGUUCUUGUCCACGUACCAGGACGACACCAACACGUACUUCCGCAUUGGCCCAUCAGAUCUGAAUGCCCACAUUGCCUGGCAGGGCAGCCUGCGGCUGCCUGCUGGCUCCUCCAUCAAGGUCGAGUUCCCUUUCAAUGGCAAUGGCAUCCUCGAGUUUGCAGGCACACCUCUGGUAGUGGAUUCAGGGUCCUGCAGCGGCAGCGAUGAUUACGUCGCCCUCAACUGCUACUGCUGGCUGCUGGGGUAUGCGGCCUGCCCCGCGUCGCAGCCUGAGUACUGCAGAAACUGCACGAAAGACUGGGCCAAGCCGGCUGGCUUUGGUGCCAACAACGUCCCCAAGCCGCUGCCCAGCUCCUCCAACCCCAACAGUUGGGGGCUGGCAAUCAGCCAGGAUCCUUUGGCGGCUGCUGUGCUGGGGGACACAAACGGAGCUGCUUCCAGCUUUUUCUUCAGCCACCACACUGACAAGCUGGGCCUCACGUCCAGGACAGUGUUCAGCUCUCAGUGCAUGGUCACGCCCGGCAUCAGCGGCCUGACCAAUGGAGACGCGCUGCAGGGGCUGUGGCAGAAUGGGCUUCAGUGCGCUGUGGGGGACAACACGUGGGCGUACCUCAAGAACGCAAAUAAUGUGCAUCAAAUGCUCUACACGACACAGGCCAAGAAUGGCUUUGACAACUUUGCCAUCCUGCCUCGCUGGGCUGCUGAAAUCUACUUCAACUGCAGCACGGUGGCCCAGAACACGGCGUUGUACCACGGCAUCUACCCCUCCAUCACUGAUUACUCGAUCGACGCUAUCCUCGCCCGAGAGUCUACCCGCGUGCUGUCAAACCUGCUGGCCCUCCGCAAGGAUCCGCACAUGAUGCAUCAGGCCAACCUGAGGGUGGAGUCUGACGGGAAGAGCCUGGUGAUGCGCUGGAUUGAGGCGGUCCUGCAGAAGCUCACCGCUUGCGUCACCUGGCCCGUCCGUUCCCUCAAGCUGGACGACCUCCAGCAGCAGUUCAAGCUCAGGGAGCAGCGCGACAACUGCAACCUCUCAUACAGGCUGGCGGUAUCAACGGCCACCAACAAGGUCACCGCAAUCACAGUCACCAGCCUGCCAGGCGCGACGUCAGGGUGCAGCGCACCCCUGACGGUGGCCGCGGGGGCUACUGUUACAGGCGGCGUCGCCGAUACAACGGACGCCGUCGCGCCGGUGUACCGUGUCGCGCUCACUGUGGGAGGGGCUGCCACGAUUGGGACCAGCCUGGAUUGGAAGCCAAUUCAGUGA